AGUUCUCCUUCAGUUAUAAUUGAUUGGCGCUCUAGUGUAGUCGAUAUUGUGUUUAUGUGCAUAGUAUUUCAAGUUUCAGUUAUGUUUGUAUAUAUCUGAUAAACAUGGAUGACCGGACACUUUCGCGGACCACAGGGUCCGUGGUACUUCAAGUGGGUGCUCUGGAGCUAUUGGCCAGAUACUCCAUGAACUCGAACAGGGCGACGAGCAUGCUUUCUUCGUUGCAUGAAUUCAGAACUCAAGAAGUGGAACAAUCCGGAGGCAAACAGUGGAAUUGGAAGUAUUUAAGGGAUCAAUUCUUUCAAAAAGAUUUGGAAGGUCUUUACCGCAAAUAUGAUGACAAACUACGGGAAUCCUUAAUUUACAUUUACGUUACUCUGCUUACUCUCUUCUCAACGGCCCACAUAGUUCUAGUUAUUAUUAGUACAUAUAAUGAGCAAAUACAGUGGAAGUCGACAUACUUAUCAAUGGGUAUGUACAUACUAAGAAUAACGGUUCCUGUCCUAUCGUUAUGGAAAUGUUUUUACCACCCUUUGAAGAGGAAAUGGUUUUGGAUGCCAAUUUUCAUCACAUUCAUAAUAACCGCAGAUCUUGUUGCUUCUGAUAUAUCAGUAGCAAUAUACAGUUAUCACGAAGGUAUAUCGCUAAGACCGGCAUAUGAUUCAAUGGCACUUCUAUCGAUUUACAUAUUUCUACCGAUGAGGAAUAAUAUUUUAGUCAUAAUGCUCGGUCUAAUAGUUAGUGUUAUCUAUGUUCUCAUCUUCACUUUCUUCACGUAUUAUGGCGAUACGCAUAUUGAAGUUGUGGUGGCGUCAGACACAAUUUUUCUGAUAGGAGUAAAUUUAAUGGGGAUAUACUUUAGACUGAUGAACGAAAUAGUAACGCGAAGGUCCUUCUUGGACAGGAGAGCUUGCGUUGAAAGUACACUGCGACUAAAAUUUGUGAAAGAUCAAGAGGAACGUCUUAUGUUAAGUAUAUUACCGGAGCACAUCGUAUCCAAAGUUCGACAAGAUAUACGGACAAUGUUUUUAGACAUACAAUCUCACAGCCACACACACAACAUGAAAUCAUUCAACCAAUUAUAUGUUGAAGAACAUAAAAAUGUGAGCAUUUUGUACGCCGAUGUUGUUAACUACACUAAGAUAUCAACAAGUUUGUCCCCAAUGAGGAUGGUGGAACUAUUAAAUGAACUUUUUGGACGAUUUGAUGAAGCAUCUGAGGAGUACGAUGUUCUAAGAAUUAAAUUCUUGGGCGAUUGCUAUUAUUGUGUCAGCGGUGUGCCGAAACCGAGUGCGUUACAUGCGAAAAAUUGUGUUGACCUUGGACUAGAAAUGAUCAAUAUUAUCAAAGAUGUUAGAGAGAAACGUGCAUUGAAUAUCGAUAUGAGAAUAGGUGUACAUUCUGGAAAAAUCUUAAGUGGCCUUAUUGGUAUUCGGAAGUGGCAAUAUGAUAUAUGGUCCAAAGACGUAACAAUUGCCAGUAAAAUGGAAUCCACUGGAAAAGCGGGAAAAGUUCACAUAACAAAGCAAACGCUUGAACUAAUUUUAGACUUCGCUCGGGACUAUAUAAUUGAGCCAAAUUUCGAAUCUCAAAAUCAUCCGUUCAUGAUUAAAAACAAAUUGGAAACCUAUUUAUUAUCCAAACCGCAAAGGCCCUUUUCCGAAUAUAAACCAUUUAGAAGAGCUUCAGUGGGAUUCAAUAAAAUUAUAAAUUCAAGAUCACGCACUAGACGAUCGGAAAAUAGGAAUUCGUCUAAUUUCCGUCGGACAACUUUCAUGGACGAAAACUUAGUGGAGUAUCAGCAAAUGUUAAAAGCAGCGGACGCACAAAUGGCUAAAGAAAUUGAGGAUAUGACAAACGGGAAGGAACAUUUCAGAAAGGAAUCGAGCUUAAACAGAAUUACUUUAAUGUAUAAAAAUUUCAAUUUAGAAAAAUCUUUCCUUCAGCUACCCGAUCCUUUGUUCAAAUAUUACAUAACUUGCUGCCUCAUUAUUUUAAUUUUGAUUCUUCUUAUUACCGGAUUCACAACCAACUGGUUCCGGGGAUUUCAGUGGUUCACAUGCGGUAUUUUUGGCAUAUUGAUAGUUACUUUAGUGGUUCUCCAACCGCUGACAUGGUUUCAAUUUUUAUGGACUAAAUAUAAGGGAAUUAAUGAGCCAAGAAAUAAAUGUCUGCGUUUUAUUUAUGAUUUAUCAGUGAAAAUCAUAAAAUCUGCUAAUAUACGAACUGGGGUUUAUUUAUUGAUAAGCGUUGGUCUCGCAGCUACGUCAAUGGUUAAUGUAAUUGCUUGCUCCGAAGUCGACGUGGAACCGUCAACAGAAACCGUUCUAUCGAAUUGUGUUUCGUCGUGGCACGUAACACAAUGCUGGAGUUUAGCUUUGCUACUAAAUUUCUUGUUCAGCAGAGUGUUUUUUAUAUUUAAGUGGAUAGUAGCAGGUGCAAUGACCACGUUUUACCUAUGGGUUGUGUGGGACUUAAAGUCAUCUCUCUUCUCAAUCGAUCUAACUUGGAAUGUUGGAUUAGAUUCGAGAAUUUCGCAUACACUCUCUGUUGUAUUUAUUACUGUUACAUUGUAUUGGAUCGACCGCACUACUGAAUAUAGAAAUCGACUGGAUCAUCUGUGGCAAAUACAACUGAGCGAUGAACAAACUGAAGCCGAAACAAUGUUAAGAGUUAACAACAUGCUCUUAGAAAAUAUACUGCCGGCGCAUGUUGUUCAAGUAUAUUUGGACCUCAAUAGACCAAUAGAUGAAUUGUACUACGAGAAAUACGACAACGUCGCCGUUAUGUUCGCGUCGUUAACUGAUUACAAGCUUGGAGUCGAAGACGACGGCGAUUUGAGCGACAAGUUUGUUUUACGAAUAUUGGAUGAAGUUAUUUCUGAUUUUGACAGGCUUCUUCUUACUGGUGCGUCAAUUUACAAAGUAGAAAAAAUCAAAAUGGCCGACUGGACGUACAUGGCUGCAUGUGGCUUAGAUCCAAAUCGACGGGAGUCGAUGGAUUCUGGAUCAUUCGAGUCUGCCGUUGAUAGAAAGCAAAAUAGUCCCUAUAACCGGGCAUUAGUACUGACAAUGGUCGAAUUUGCAGCAGCAAUGAUGAAACAACUCAAAAAUUUUAACCGUGGAUCAUUUCAAAGUUUUGAAGGACUUAAUUUAAGAAUCGGUAUUUCUAAUGGAGAAGUAGCGGCUGGAGUUGUUGGUUCCCUUAAGCCGUUAUACGAUAUUUGGGGCAAUGCUGUUAAUAUGGCUUCUAGAAUGGAUUCUACUGGCGAAGCAGGAAGAAUUCAAGUGACUGAGAAUACUGCGCUUUUGUUAGACGCAUGUGGAGUUCUAACAUUAUAUCGAGGUGAAACAUUUGUAAAAGGCCCCGGUUACAUUAAAACCUAUUUUGUACCAUUGGAUGAAAACUUCAACCUGAUUAAAAAGGAACAGAGCUCCGAAUACUACAAUAGUUUGUCAGACAGAAAACGUUAUUACAGCGUUCGAGAUGAUACCAGUGACGUGUCUUACGAAACAGCGCCAAAACCGACACAAUUCACAACUCACAAUAGAAAUUAUUUUGUACCAGAAUCGACGUAUAAUGUUUACAAAGAUGAUAGAUAUAUUGAUAGUUCUGAAGAUGAAAGAGAAGUUGUUGAAACACAAGAUGAUGAAACACAUAGUAAUGAUCACAGUGGUUUAGAUGAAGAAGUGUUUGGUGAUGAUUGUGAUUUUACAGAUGAUUGUAGUUUAAGCACUAUCACUUCUGGUUCCAUUGACUCAUCUGAUACUACAAUAUCAGAACCAAUGGUAAUUGAAACAAAAUGUUAAGGAUAGAUAGAAUCGAUAAAAAUUCAUGAAAGACAUAAUACUCAGAAUACAUACUGCAGUCUUAACAUAGAUAUUAUACAAUUUAUAAGUGAAACUAUUAUUAAAGAAAAUUGAUGACUUCAUAAAA